GGUCCGUACUCACUUCUGACAGCCGUCUCUCGAGUCGGAACAAUGUCUAGAAGUAUCAAAACCUUCACAAUUAAAUACAAUUCGAUUAACGAGCACAACACGUUUACGAAUGGCGACACGAUUCAGGGCAGAAUUAUUCUGGAGUUAAGUAAAGAAUUAAGGAUCGAUAAACUUUUUAUAAAGUGUAAAGGGGGUGCCGAUGUGCACUGGACCGAAUCCAGCAGCAGCUCCCGUUCAGAUUCCUACAGCUCUCAUCAGAGAUACUUCAAACUCAAACAGAUUUUUAUCUGGGACAACUCCAAAAUAGGACAGGAUGGAUCCAUACUACUAACAAAUUGGGAGAAAUACGGGAACUUGAUUAUGCCAGGACACCAUACCUUUCCAUUUUCAUUUCAGCUUCCAGAAACGAACAUGCCACCAUCUUUUAAAGGAUCCCAUGGAUCAAUUAAGUAUGUUCUUGAGGCCAAACUGCAUAGAUCAUGGAAGAUCCCUGAAACUGUAGUGAAGGAAUUUACCUUUGUGUCAAAAGUUCCAGAUACCUGUGCUCUUUUAAUGCAGCCUCUUUCUGGGUCUGUAGAACAAAAGAUGAAAUUUUUCACCUCUGGAAGUGCCUCAAUCAAAGCAUCUACUGACAAAAAGGGCUACAUGCAGGUCCUCCUUUAUAUUCCAGGUGAGAGAAUCAAAGUUGAAACCCAUAUUGAAAACUCUUCAUCUCGUGCUCUCAAGCUUAAAUUUAAACUUAAACAAAAACAGACAUUCACUGCCCAGUCUCGGCAUAACUAUGCAACAAAAGUUAUUUUCAAAGCCGUGGAAGAUCCUAUUCCAUCCAGAUCCAAAAAAACAUUCACCAGUAGGCUGAAGCUCCCUUCAAACUUAGACCUAACCAUCACAAACUGUAGCAUUAUUUCUGUGGAGUACUUUCUCAAGGUGUAUCUGGAUGUUCCCUAUGAUAUCGAUCCAUACAUUGUAUUUCCACUGGUCAUUAUUCCAGCUGGCCAGUACAGCAUUCCACAGCAAAACCAAGUUGAUUACCAAGCCAGUCAGAACAGACAAGAAUCAGCAUGGAUGAGUUCUAGAUUACAGCCAGAACUUUUUGCCUCCCCACAUGUUCCUGCUGCUACUGCCUUUGGUCUAGCUCCAAAUCUAUUCCCGAGUAUGCUUGCUCCACCAGCCAAUCCAGCGGAACCACCGCCUUCCUAUACAGAUAUCUUUCCAGACUCAAAUCCAUCAGCAUCAGGAUUCAACCCAUCUCUCUUAUCUCUCUGUCCUCCACCAUACACCACUAUGGUUUCUUUACAUACUUCUCACCAGCACACAUCAGAUUGUCCAACACCAGAGAGUCCAAGCAGCAGUUACCUCCAUCACCGUCUUUAUGGCAGUGCGACUGUGGCAAAUGCAAAGCGGCACAAUGUUGAGAGACAUUUCAGAACGUGUCACGCAAGCUACCAUGCUAACUACCUGCCGCAAAAAGCAAACGACGCCUCAUUUAGAGCUACAAAUUUCUUGAUUAAGAAAAAGAAGGCAUUUUCAGAAGGGGAGGUUUUCAGAGAAGCAAUGAUGAUAAUUGAAAAAACUGUGCUUAAAGACAAGAAAUAUGGAACGAAUGUAAUCUCCACUUUCUCCGAUGUCCAACUGGAGGCAACUACAAUGGUUAGAAGAGUGUUGUCUAUGUCUGGGAACUUGGCCGAUCAGCUGGACCGGGAUCUGGCGAAGUGCAGGUGGUUCAGAAUCCAGUGUGACGAGUUUGUGGACAGCAGCAGCUUCAGAGGAAGUGUCUGCUGUUUACAGUCGCUCCCGCUGUGCUCGAAGGAAGAGCUCGGGGUGUUUAGUUCGUUCGCGCGUUGUGCUACAAAAUACUACACUAAAAUGUCCACGGUCAAGCAGCUUUCCUUGACUUACGACGCGGUUAAUAGCAGCAACACGUUCACAAAUGGCGAUGUGAUCAAUGGCCGAGUCGUUUUCGAAGUCACCAAAGAAGUAACGAUUGAAAGCUUAUAUAUAAAAUGUAAAGGAGAUGCAAGAGUGAAAUGGAGCGAGAGGCGCAAUGACAAAACUUAUUCUUACAGUGCAAAUGAGAGAUACUUCAAAAUCAAACAGUACUUCAUUAAGGAUCCCAAGAAAGGAAAUGAAGAUCCUGGGGUUAUAUUAGCAGAGGGAGAGAUCUACAGCAAUGUAGUUAAGCCCGGAAACCAUGUUUAUCCAUUUAGCUUCCAACUGCCCCAUGGAAAUUUUCCGGCAUCUUUUAAAGGACAUUAUGGCUCAGUAAAGUACAUUCUUGAAGUCACACUGGAUCGUUCAUGGAAGAUGGACCGCACUGAAACAAAAGAAUUCAUCUUUGUGCCAAGGCUUAGUGGUGUUAAUUUAAUGAGCCCCCAGACUGGAUCUAUCGAAAAAAAGAUGAAACUUUUCACCUCUGGAAGCACCUCAAUGAAAGCCACAAUUGACAAGAUGGCUUUUAUGAGAGGUGAGGUCAUGAAGGUUUCCACUGACAUUGAUAACUCUUCAUCCCGUGAUCUCAAGAUAAAGUACAGUAUGGAGCAAAAACAGACUUUUCAUGCACAGGGUCACUCCAAGUAUUCGUCUCGUUCAAUUUUCAAAGUUGUCGGGGAUCCUGUUCCAGCUGGGUCAAAGCAAACAAUCAACACAAACCUGACACUUCCAGAAAAUCUGGAAAUGACCAUUACAAACUGUAAUAUUAUCAAACUGGAGUACAUAUUUAAGGUCUAUCUGGAUGUACCCUAUGCAAGUGACCCAGAGAUUUGCUUCUCAGUGAUCAUUCUCCCUGCAGGCAAUAUUUUCGUUCCAGUACAAAACCAACCAGCUUUUCAGCCUAAUGGGAUCCCAAUUGGGCCAGGAUGGAACCAACCUCUACCUCAGCCUGAAUUUGGUCCCAUACCCCCAGGUGCUACCUUUGGACCAGCUCCAGGGUUUCAUCCUGGUCCGUACCCCUCACCUGCCUAUUCAAAUCCAGUAGAUCCUCCUCCUUCCUAUGCAGACCUCUAUACAAAUCCAAACGCAACAGCCCCAGGAUUCAACCAAGCACUGUCGGCUCCAUCAGCUCCACCACCUUAUAAUCCUCAAUACCCUUUAAUGGGUUAUCCAAAUCCAGGUGUCCCUCAGCAACCUCAAGUUCCGAGUGCCCCACAGUUCUGUCCAGGGCCCGAUGGCCCAGGCUGUGUUCCAGCAGAAGCCCCCCCAGGAUACUGGCCAAAUCCAACCACACAACCAGAACCAUAUCCAACUAAAUCCCCUGGGAAACAUGAAUGAUCACAAUGUUUGAUGAAACAAGAAAUUAAGGUAUGAUGUCAUAGUAGAGGGCGUUAGGAUUGCUGGAAUAUACAUAUACACAACAUGUUCAUAUUAUAUUGUGCUAAUAUAUUAUUAUUACUACACAAUGCAUGUUUAUCUAUAUUAUUAUUAUUGUAUUUUUUUUUAAUCUCAUUUCAUUUUCAAACAGAUUGUCAGUUCAGUAAACUAGACAAAUCGAUCAGAACGCAUUUUUACUAUCAAACAAAUACCAGUGAAUAGUGAAAUCACUAUUCUCAAAUGAAAAUAAAAUGCUAAAGAACCAAAGAUGAUAAAAUACAUGUUUAAAAAAAAAAGGAAACUUGAAACAGAAGGGAAAGAGUUAAUUGAGAUUUGUGGCAACAUUAGCCAGCAUUCAUUCUAUUCUGUAAAAAUAAAAUGUUUGGGUUUAUACCCCCAUAUUCAUAAAUGCUGAACAAACAAAUAAUGAACAAACAGAUUAUUAGUGAGGUUUCAGGCUUAAUUGUGAAUGUUUGCUUAACUGGCUUCUGUCAGUAUUAUGCUACAAAUAAAGACCAACUAACAACCAAUAGUUGGCCACCUCAUCUCUAUAUGAGCUUCAUAUGUUCAUAUAUGAGCUUAUAUGAGGACUUUUGCUUAAUAUUUAUUUCACCAAAAAAGCCAAGCUGCAUCUAUUUCAAUAUUUCAAUGGUGCAUGUUUGGUGAAUAUUACUUGAUGUUUCACCAGAAAUGUUUUCUUUUUGCAACUGAAGAACUUUUUGUGAAAACCGAAUGACAACAAAAUCCAAAAAACUAGCCAGAAUUUAUGAGCUUCAUGCCUUUCAAUGGUGCUCUAAUUAUUUUAUCUAUAUAGUCUAAAAUGUAAGUAUAAUGACAAUAAUUUGGCAAACACUUUAUCCAGGGGGCUUGUAUUUAUCUCAUUCAUAACACCGAGCAACUAUGGAAUCAAGGGCCUUGUUUAGGGGCCCAGGAGUGGCAGCGUGGUGUGGCUGGGAUUUGAACUCACAAAAAUCCAGUGCCUUAAUCAUUAAGAUACCACCUCCAAUAUGCAUCCAGAGUUCACUGUAUUUUACAAAGCUCUUUUCUUGUUCUGUUCUUGAACAAUUAAAAAGUAAACACCUGAGAACUAAAUAAAUGCUGUUAAACAUUUUGUUGUAUGUGACUAUAAGACAUUCUAUUUCGCACACUUCCUGAUACAUAAUACAUAUAUGAUACAUCUACUUCCAAAGUUAUUUCAAAGAUUUAUUUUGUAAUGAUUUAUUGUCAACAUUUUUAUAAAGAUUAUUAUUCUUGUUUUUACAUUUAUUCAAAAUAUUGGCCUUGUGUUUAUGGCAAUUACUAUUACAGCAUGUAACCAAGAAAAAGUGAUAUAGUGAUCAUUUAAUAAUUGAUAUGCCAUAAUUAGUAAUAGUGUAAUUCUUAACAUAAAAAUAAUAAUAACCAUGAAUAAUUUGUACAAAAUGUAUACAGCCUGCAUUUUAUUCCAAUGUGUAAUGAACAGAAUGAACUUGGUAGACUGCUUGUUCAUCUAAUCAACAAAUGAACAGUUUUGCAACUACAGAUAAAAGCCAGAUAUGGAUUUCACUGUCAGCAAAAGAUGACUCAUGAUAAUUUCACUGCACACCACUCCCUCUGUAAACAUGACUGAAGUCACGAAAGACUGACUAGGUACAAAAAGGGUGUUGCACUGCAUUCAUAUUACAUCUCAAGUGACCUUAAUAGAGUUCUUAUAUAGUGUCUACCCUAAUCCUCAUCUAACAUUGGAGAAAUCUGUCUUUGCGUAUUACUUCUCAUUAAUCCCUCGUCAGUAUAGUAAAACAAUUCAAUCUUCGCCUGUAUUUCCAGCGUUCAACAUACAACAGAACACUCAAGAGUACAUAAUAGUGAUAUUAAAUAGGAGGGUGAGAGGGUUAGAUGGGAUACUAAAUUAAAAAAAAUGUAGCCAUAGCUCAAUAACAAAACUACCAGGUUAAUGCAUUAGGUAAAUGCAAGGUCUUAUCUAUCACUUAAUAAGAACAAUGCAGAGCAAAUGAUCACAUGCACAAUAUUCCUAUUUUGUGCUUCAUGUCUGUAAGGGUCUACUGGGUUUUUGUAUUUUCUUCAAAUACCAAACAUUGUAAACAUAAAAGUUGUAUGUUAAAAUAAAAACAAAUAUUACAGUUCAA